AUGUUGGUUGCCCUUUGGAUCUGCUCUGCAUUUUGCAUUUUGCAAUCGACGGAGUGUGCCGACACUUAUGAUGAAGAGCUGGUGGCGUCUCAUCUUCCCGAUGGAAGCAUACUGGCGAGUUUACGCUUUUCGAUGCUGAAGGACACCGAUUUGGGUGACCACUACAACAUGUUUCCGAUGGCACUAGGCGAGGUACUACGUCGCUAUGACGUUACUGAGUUGCACCUAAGCAUGAGUCAAGGCUUUUGGCGUCAUCGAUUUUGGGGGUACACGGAUCCAAGCGUGCCCACCGGCGCUCAGCUUGUCGCUUGGUUCGAAAAUCGCAAUGCGUCCGGCGUUGAUCAGAAAUGGAAAGGACUUAUCCAUGCGCUGACCGGGUUAUUCUGUGCGUCGCUGUCUCAGAUCAAUUCACAAUUGACGGUUCGUCCGCAACAGACCCAUCGAAUGCGCGGCGUGUCUAGCAGUGUCAUCGGCAACGACAGUCGUUUCGUUCGCUAUGGUGUUUUGCCGAGUGAAAACGUGUGCACUGAAAACUUGACUCCGUGGAAAAAAUUACUUCCCUGUAAGUCUGAUGUAAGUACUGAUAGUGGUUAUAGCAAAAGCUAAAU